AUGGAGAUGGAAGUUGUGGACUUCAACUUCGACAGCUCCUGCUCCUCUCCAUACAAGACUGCUCUUUCCAGCCCUCAACAAUUUGACAAUUUCUACUUCAGUGCCCCUACUAGUCCUACUUGUGCCUCCUCCUUCUAUCGCAAGCUCAACAACCUCUCUCUUCAUGACGUGAUCCCCAGAAACUCAUCCUCCUCGAUCCCCUUUGACUGGGCAAGCAAUAACAACAACGAUGGUGGUGAAGAUUUUGAGUUCGAUUUUAGUGGGCACUUAAAGCGAACUUCUUUUUUUGUAGACAAGCUCUACGAUGGCAGAAAGAUUAAGCCUAUAAAGCCACCACCUCAAUUACAAGUUGUCACCAGAGCUAAUGACCAUUCGAUGUCCGUUUCAUCUCCAAGGUCUCCAAGAUCAAGGAUUUCACAAGGAAAGAUGAUGGUCCAAGAAACACUAUCACCACGUCACAAGAAAGAUCUUGAUCCAUUCACUAUACAAUAG